UUACAAAGAAGAAAUCAAUACAGAAGUUGAUUCGUUGAAUCAUAAUAUUGAUUGAUGUAAUGGAAAUAGAAGAUAACGACGAUCCAGUUGAUAAGCUGUUGAAGAAAACUGGUUGUCUGGAGUUACAUUACAAAGUUCAGGAGUGUAUUGCUGACAAAAAAGAUUGGAGAAAGUGCCAAGACGACGUCAAGAGGUUUAGAGUUUGUAUGGACGAAUAUAACAAAAAACGGAAGGAUGCAUUAAAGUGAAAGCUCAAACAAUGGCGAGUCUAACCUCAAUCUUGUCUGGCUUCGCCUUUGGCUUUGCGGCUGUUGUCUUAUGGAAAGGAAACAUGAGAGGGUUGUUAGCUGCUGCGAAUUCCAUUACGCAGACAAGCGGUGAGAUGAAGAUGGCAUUGGUGGUGAGAACAGAUUUGAAACUGGGAAAAGGAAAAGCAGCUGCCCAGUGUGCUCAUGCUGCUGUGUCGUGCUACAAACGAGCUCUGUAUGACGCUGACAAGUAUCUGCAACAGUGGGAGAAGGAGGGGCAACCUAAAGUUGUCAUGGCUACUUCCGGAGAGCAAGGGCUGCUCACUCUGGCUAGAGAUGCUCAGAAGAAGGGAUUGAUUGCAAUUGUCAUUCACGACGCCGGUCACACACAGAUCGCGAGGGGAACUGCAACUGUUGUUGGGAUUGGACCAGGACCUCACGAUAUGGUCAACAGUGUUGUGGGACAGUUGAAACUCUUUUAAAUUUUCAUAUACUGUUAGUUAGAGCAAUAAACUAAACUGUUGACUUUGGUA